AUGCUAGAUGGACAUCCAAGGAAGAGAAGACACACCCAUGAGGUAGGAUUACUGAUCUCAGAGCCUCUUCCUCGCAUUCCCAACCCCAUAGCCUGCCUUUCCCCCAAUGACAUGCUCAUCUUUCAGCUUACCAUCAACUACACAGACCGUCUCCUCAGCCACUUUCCAGUCUAUCAAAAGAACCAUUUGUUCAGCAGUAACCCUGCCUGGGACUCUGGUGCAUUCAGACGACUGGAACGCCUUGUCAAACAUUCCCAAUUUAAUUCCACCAGAUUUGCCCAUGUAUUCAUGGAGCCAGGGAAGUAUGUGUUCCUUGACAAUGCAGUGCCAGACUGGAGCCUGAUAGUUGUCGUAAAAGAGGAGGGCACUCAGUGUGAUCCUACUGGAGCCGUCUUCCAGCCCACUUCACCAGCUCAGCUGGUACGACAUGGGAUUGUGAAACAUCAGCGCCUCAACUUGCUGCCUGACUGGGGCACAAUUGGAGGUGUAUUGGCACUGAUAGUGUUAUUAAUAGUUGUGUUGACUCUGUCUGCUGUGCUUUUGAGGCCAAAUCAUGCCAAUCUCAUUGCUAAAGGCAGACCUAAACCUAAAUGGCGCAGCUUGGGAGAACCUAUUGUUCCUGUAGCAUAUGUCUACAAUGGAGAUUGCAUGGAUAACACUGGACUGGGACUCAGGGGAAUGGGUGAGGGUGCAGAAGAUGAAGAACCUGCUGUGUGCAAAGGGUUAAAAAAUAUAUUCAUGGAGCUGGAAGGGUUCAAUGUGAAAACACUGUAUGAUAAAUUAGAGGACCAGAAUUUGCAUCUGGCAUCACAGCUGGCUAAGCAUCGCAAAGAUACACAGGAGUUCUACAGGAAUAUCAGUCAACAGACCGAUGCACUGAGGGAUGUUAUGGAGAACAUGGAGCCAGCAAAACUGAUCCAGUUGAAGAAACUGCUAGAAAGUAAUGCACAAGCCAAGAAGGAAUCAAUUUCUGUGGAGUCAUCGAUGGGCUUGAUGGAGGCUGUGCUGAAGGCUUUAGAGGCUGUAUUGUUUAGACUGAACAGAGAAGCCUGGCAGCAGCAACAGCACAGCAGAGAGAGUCAAAUCGACACCAGAAACACCCAGAUUUCUUCAACUGACAUGUGUGAACUGAAAGCACAGCCAGACUCAGAAGCAGCUUUUUCUGGUCCAGGUGAAAGGAAAUAUCUCUCAGUUCCCCUUUCGAGUACAGUUCCCUGUGUGAGUGAAGAGGAUCUGGCCAAGCUGGUAGCACUCACACCUCUCACCAGAACUCUGCAGGACAUACAGCAGUCUCUGCAAGCCCUCAGCCACAGGUCCAAAGCUCAGGAAGAUACAAGUUCUUCUUUGGCAAUUCCUGAUAACACAGCACCAGCAAAGUUGAUUCCUUUUGCUCUCGACAACCUUUCUCCAGGACACUUCGCAGUGUUCCUUUUCGGCUGCCAUGUUGUACAGCUGCUAAGCCGAGUUUGCUUGUUCCCUCCAGUCAUGCUGCUUCUGGCUAAGGCUCUUCCAGUCACAUGCACUGGUUCUCUGCUAGCCUAUUGCAACAAAGAGUUUUACUACGACACAUCCAAUCAGAUCUUGUAUAUCCUCGAGAGCAAACUUCAAAAUGCUGGCCAAUUUAUCUCAGUUCUAUUACACUCGAUGGCCUACAUUAGCUCAGGCUCUGCUCCUCAACACUUCAUGGGUGCUCUCCACUCAGCUAUAUCUGCACUGAGUAUGCAGUUAUUCCAGCUCUCCUUUACUCAGGAGCAGCAGGAAUGCAAGAUUAAGGAGGAGAACCAACAAGUUGCCUUUGGAACAAUAGUGGAGGACUUUUUCAGUGUUAAAGUUCCACCAGAAACUCGAUUCUCCCAAACUUUAUUAGCAGAAAGAUUGCAGAAGUAUAAAUACUUUAAACUUGAGCACUUCCUUCAAGAACAAAAACUUUCACCAACAAACAGUUCUGCAGAGAAUCCUGGUCAAAUGAGCAAUGUUCUACAACAGGAGCAAGCAUUGGUGUUAAAGUGUCAGCAGGACACAGUAGAGCAGAGACUGAAGGAAAUGAAAGACAGGCUGUCUAACUUCACUGCAGCACAGAGAACUGUGUGUCAGGAAGAAAGUCCACCCCAAAGAACAGAACAAAUACAUGCAGACAGCCAGCCCAUGAGCAAACACACGGUCAAGCCAGCUGACAACCAGGGAGUGAUGACUGAGCAGUUCCUCAGCAAUAAACAGCACAGUAAAUACUUGGAUGAAGCUGCUGGGGAAAAUGAUACGAUGACUUAAGCUGCUCCCAGCAAGAUGGGGUCGCCACAGCGGACACUUGGUCCGCAAGUUUGGCACAGGUUUUAUGCCGGAUGCCCGUCCUGAGGUGACCAUCCCAUUUUACCAGGGCUUGGGAUCGCAUCCCGUGGCUACGGUUUGGGCACUGGAUGGGAAUUGAACUGUGGCCUUCCACAAAGCAGAUGAAACACCUACCACUGAGCCACCAGUGCCCAAUGUUGAAUAUUUAAUAAAGAAUUUAAACCUUUUCUUUCUUUGGUCUUAAACUGUUUGAUGAAACUAUGUACAGGGUUACUGUAUACAUG